GCCUUUCGUCACUCUGAAGUGCCCUGCGUCAGAGUGACAGCCAAGUUGGCCUAUUAUAAGAAGCAUUACACUGAUGCAUUGACUUUUCAAGCAACAAGUAAAAGCAACACAAAAACUGGUAAAUGUGAAAUCGUUUCUCUUUCAUAAACAUAUUGGCUGCACUUGUCACUUGCCCCAAAAGACCAUUCAAAUUUUGCAACUUCAGUUUGAAUCUUUCAACUAAUAGACUGGUCAAAUAUCUUCUUUGCGUCUGAUAUAUUUAUGAGAAGUCUGUUUCUAUGGGGAGUGAAAGAAGUUUUGGCGAAGUUUCAGGAAACACACCUAUGGAUUCAGCCGAGAAAAGGCUCAACGAGCUUGGUUACAAGCAAGAACUGAGAAGAGAAAUGACUAUGUUCAAAACUCUGGCCAUAUCAUUUUCCACAAUGACCCUUUUCACUGGAAUUACACCUCUCUAUGGUUCUAGUCUUCAAUAUGCAGGCCCUGCAACUCUUGUAUGGGGAUGGAUAGUGGUUUCUUUCUUCACUUGGUUCGUUGGGAUUGCAAUGGCUGAGAUAUGCUCAUCGUUCCCGACUACUGGUUCUCUAUACUUUUGGGCUGCUCAUUUAGCUGGUCCAAAAUGGGGACCAUUUUCUUCAUGGUGCUGCGCUUGGCUUGAGACCAUAGGGCUUAUAGCUGGGAUAGGAACUCAGGCAUAUGCAGGAUCACAAACUUUGCAGAGUAUAAUCCUACUCUCAACAGGCACAAACAAAGGUGGAGGGUACUUUGCCCCAAAAUGGCUCUUCUUAUGUAUGUACAUUGGCCUUACUGUUAUAUGGGCUGCACUCAACACUUUUGCUUUGGAAGUCAUUGCAUUGAUUGAUAUAGUUUCAAUAUGGUGGCAGGUUAUUGGUGGAUUGGUGAUAGUGAUAAUGUUACCUCUGGUAGCACUAAGUACAAAAUCUGCUUCAUUUGUAUUCACACACUUAGAAUUAGCCCCUGAAUCAACAGGAAUAUCAAGCACACCGUAUGCUGCGAUUCUAUCAUUUCUUGUGAGCCAGUAUUCUCUCUAUGGCUAUGAUGCUGCAGCACAUCUAACUGAAGAAACCAAAGGUGCAGACAAGAAUGGUCCUAUUGCAAUACUAGGUAGUAUUGGGAUCAUUUCAGUAUUUGGAUGGGCAUAUAUCUUGGCACUUACAUUCAGCAUUCAGGAUUUUGGGUACCUUUAUGAUCCAAACAAUGAAACUGCUGGAGCAUUCGUUCCAGCACAAAUACUCUAUGAUGCAUUCCAUGGAAGAUAUCACAAUUCUGCUGGAGCAAUCAUUCUACUAUUUGUCAUUUGGGGUUCCUUCUUUUUUGGUGGCCUUUCAAUUACUACAAGUGCUGCCAGAGUGGUUUAUGCUUUGUCAAGAGACAAGGGAGUUCCCUUUUCGCACUUAUGGAGACAAUUGCAUCCAAAGCACAAGGUUCCUUCAAACGCAGUGUGGCUCUGUGCAGCAAUCUGCAUUCUUCUUGGUCUCCCAAUUUUGAAGGUGAAUGUAGUAUUCACUGCUAUAACAUCAAUAUGCACAAUUGGAUGGGUUGGUGGUUAUGCAGUUCCUAUCUUUGCAAGACUUGUGAUGUCUGAAGAAAACUUUAAGCCUGGACCAUUUUAUUUAGGCAAAGCAAGAAGACCUGUUUGUCUGGUGGCAUUUCUAUGGAUUUGUUACACGUGUUCUGUAUUCCUUUUGCCAACUCUGUACCCAAUUGCUUGGGAUACUUUCAACUAUGCACCAGUUGCUUUGGGGGUGGGUUUGGGUCUAAUAAUGCUUUGGUGGCUUUUAGAUGCUAGGAAAUGGUUCAAGGGGCCAGUUAGGAAUAUUGAUAUUCAAAAUGGUAAAGUGUAACUUGUAGAAGUUUAAAGACAGAAUAAUUAGUAGAAUAUACCCUUUAUCUCAUUCUGCUGUGUUGAUUGGAUUUCUCCAUUGUAUACUCAAAAUUGAAAAAAGUUCAUCAUUCGGUUCAAAA